UGGCUGCUGCCUGUUUCCGGGGCUCCAUGCCAUUAGUGACGUCUUCCCAGUCGCUGUGAGACAGAUUGGGGAGAAUGGCUGCCAGUGGAGACAUAGGAAAGCUGUUACAAGUACAGAAUGGGACUCCAGCAAGCACAAGUUACAACGGGGUAGAUGCCCUACAUGCCUGUAACAUCCUCCAGCAGCUUAAAGCCUUGUACGAUGAAGCUCAGUUGACUGACAUUGUCGUGGAAGUGGACCAUGGGAAGACAUUUUCUUGUCACAGAAAUGUCCUCGCUGCCAUCAGCCCUUACUUCAGAUCCAUGUUCACAAGUGGCCUUACAGAGAGCAGUCAGAGGGAGGUGCGGAUUGUUGGCGUGGAGUCAGAGUCCAUGCAUUUGGUUCUGGACUAUGCUUACACCUCACGGGUCACUCUCACCGAGUCUAACGUGCAGGCCCUGUUUACCGCCGCCAGCAUCUUCCAGAUCCCAGCCCUCCAAGACCAAUGUGCCCAGUUCAUGAUCAGCCGUUUAGACCCUCAGAACUGCAUUGGGGUCUUCAUGUUCGCAGAUGCCUAUGGCCACCAAGAGUUGCGUGAGCGUUCACAGGAUUACAUCCGGAAGAAGUUCCUGUGUGUGAUGGGAGAGCAGGAGUUCCUUCAUCUGACCAAAGAACAGCUGGUCAGCAUUCUCAACAGUGACGAUUUGAACGUGGAAAAAGAGGAGCAUGUGUACGAAAGCAUUGUGCACUGGUUGGAGUACGAUGGUCCACGUCGGGAGGUAGAUUUACCCGAGGUUUUUGCCAAAUGCAUCCGCUUGCCCCUGCUGGACGAGGCCUUUCUGAGCCGUAUACCCCCAGCCUUCGCCCUGGCCUUGUCCAGGGAUUCCUCGGAUAAGGGUUGGCUCAACGGCACCAACGGCUGCCCACAGCGGCUGGGUAUGACUGCAUCCGAGAUGGUCAUCUGCUUCGAUGCAGCUCACAAGCACUCAGGGAAGAAGCAGACCGUGCCUUGCCUGGACAUUGCUGCCGGGAAGGUGUACAAGCUGUGCAAGCCGCCCAAUGACCUCAGAGAGGUCGGCAUUUUGGUCUCGUCAGAGAACGACAUCUUCAUUGCUGGAGGCUAUCGGCCGAGCAACAGCGAGGUGUGCAUCGACCACCGCGCAGAGAGCGACUUCUGGCAGUACGAACAUGCUGGCAACAGGUGGCUCCCACGGUCGCCCAUGCUCCGGGCACGCAUCGGCUGCAGGCUGGUGCACUGUUGCGGGAAACUCUACGCUCUGGGUGGUCGAGUGUACGAAGGGGACGGACGAAAUGCUUUGAAAUCCGUGGAGUGCUAUGAUGCCAGAGACAACUGCUGGACGGCAGUCAGUCCCAUGCCGGUGGCCAUGGAGUUCCACAGCACAGUGGAGUAUAAGGACCGCAUCUAUGUGCUGCAAGGAGAGUACUUCUUCUGUUUUGACCCUCGCAAAGACUACUGGGGGCAUUUACCGUCCAUGAACGUUCCCCGUACUCAAGGCUUGGCAGCCCUGCAUAAAAACUGCAUCUACUACAUAGCAGGCAUCUGCAGGAACCACCAGCGCACAUUCACCGUUGAGGUGUACGAUAUCGAGCAGAACACCUGGUGCCGUAAAAGAGACCUCCCCUUCGACCAGGCGACCAGCCCCUACAUCAAAGUGCUUCUGCUUCAGGGCCGAUUGAAUCUGUUUGUUCGAGCUACGCAAGUCAUGGUAGAAGAACACGUGUUCCGUACCAGCCGCAAGAACUCUCUCUACCAGUACGAUGAUGAAGCCGACCAUUGGACAAAGGUUUACGAGACGCCGGACCGCCUCUGGGACCUCGGCCGACAUUUUGAGUGUGUGGUAGCCAAACUAUACCCUCAGUGUCUUCAAAAAGUGCUGUGAGUGGCGAAAAGGGGGAGAUCAUGACACAACGGGCUGUUUGAGACAGCUGAUCAAUAUUUUUGGAGGAGGGGGAUGGUGGUACUGCUCAAUACAUGGUGCUGUCUGUGUCCCCAACACCAGAACUGCAGGGGAAGUCUUAAAGCGUUAAAGGUUUCAAUCAAUAAACUUGAGGGUGCUUUUUGAAAAAGUAAAAAAAACAACA